GUUGCCGUAAAGUGUUGACAUCUGCCGUCCUGUGUAAAGAGGGAUAUAUAAAUACUUUAUAAAGCGCAUAAGACAACCACAGACAGAGAGAGAGAGAGAGAGAGAGAGAGAGAGAGAGCGGUUUGUAGAAGUCAGACUCACAGCUGUCCUCUCGUAGCCACUGUAUCGCUUUAAAUGUCAAUAACACUGUAUUUUUAGCGCACAGAUUUUAGUCAGUCAGUGACCGAAGACACGUAAAUAUCAGCUUCAGUUAUAGUACAAGUGUAUUUUGUUUACUGCACAGGACAUAAUGGUCGUGUUCAGGUUUGGUGUUAUUUUGACUCCAGAGUGUCCUGAUAUAGAGGUGUUUGUGCUGGGCUCUCGGCCGGAAAUGGGACUCUGGGAUACUGAGCGUGCUGUGAAGAUGAGCCCGAGCCCGAGCCCAGGUCUGUCCUGCCAGGAGCCAUGUCUGUGGACCGGGGACGUGCUGCUGUCCGAGCCACUCACAGACCCGCUGUGGUUUAAGUUCAUAAAGCGAGUUGAUGGGGACUUCAUUUGGGAAGGCAAUGGACCACAUCAUAACCGGUGCUGUGUGUAUGAUGACAGAAACAUGGUGGACGGGGUUUACUGCCAUCCGAUUGGUCAUUGGAUCCAGGAGACGGGCCACACAGAUGAGAUGAAACACACCACCAACUUCUACUUCAGCAUAGCAGGACAGCAGGCCAUGCACUUCUCUCAGGUGCUGCCACGUGUCUGGUUAGGCAGCUGUCCUCGACGCGUCGAACAUGUAACCCUAAAGCUAAAACAAGAGCUGGGUGUCACAGCAGUCAUGAACUUUCAGACCGAGUGGGACGUGAUAAACAACUCGCACGGCUGCCGGCGGGACCUUAGUCAACCCAUGACCCCCGAGACCAUGAUGCAUCUGUACAGAGACUCUGGCCUUUCUUACAUCUGGAUGCCCACGCAGGACAUGAGCACAGAAGGGCGUAUACAGAUGCUGCCCCAGGCAGUGUUUCUGCUGUUUGGCCUGCUGGAAAACGGUCACAGCGUCUACGUCCACUGUAACGCAGGAGUAGGUCGCUCCACUGCUGCCGUCUGUGGACUUCUCAUGUACGUGUUCGGCUGGAAACUCCGGAAGGUGCAGUACUUCCUCACCGCCAGAAGGGCGGCAGUCUACAUCGAUGAGGAGGCCCUGCUCAGGGCCCGAGAUGACUUUCAAAUGAAGUUUGGACAACUCCGUCCAUCUGUCUGCAGCACAGAGACGUGAAGACAGCACCCUCUAGUGCAAUGGAGGUCUGUAGUUCAGUCAAAUCAAGGUUUAAAUGGCACCUAUUAUGUAAAAAAAAAACGUUAAUAUGGGGUUUGAACUCAGUUAUGUGGCAACAGUCUGUGAACGUAACCAGCUUCUAGUUGUAAUAAUGUAUUAACUUUAAUUUUUAUAAUCAGACUUUGUAAAAACAGUCUGCAGAAACACUCUGAUUGACAUUCUCCCUUUGUACGUGCCAUCAGAGGGGGAAGCCCCGCCCACUACUGACCAUCUGUCCCUCAUUAGCAUAAGACGUUAGUCUUGUUAAUGAAUCUGCCUCUAAGCUGACACACAGGCAUUUGUAGCUCCGCCCUCAUCCCAAAAUCUCAUUUAAAUCUAAAGUGACAGUCACCAAAACGCCACAACUAGGAUCAAAGCCUAAAAGGGGCAGAUUUAUAGAGUUAUUAAACAUUAUUUGUGGGGUAUUUUGAGCUAAUACUUUACAAAAAUACAUUAUUUUACAUCUUGUAAAAUGGGGCAUAAUAAAUCCCCUUUAAGAAAGAUUUUAAUCUUAUCAAACAGAACUACAUUUGAAAAAUAAUAGGGAGUUAAUACUACAAUAUGAUGAGAAAGUCUUGGGAA